UGAAGCUCCACUUUUCCCCUUGUGGAAUUGUUACAGUUGAACAACGCUAUUAAAAGACAGAUGUGUUAAUGUGUGUGAACGACACAUUGAUUUGCAGACAGGCAGCUCUCUGCUAUUUAAAGACUGACAGAACCCAUGUAGACAUACAGCUCUGGUUUCAGUCACAGGUCAGAGACCUCUCUUCCUCCUGCCCUCUUCAGCAACAACAACAGACCCUCGUUUAAUCUGCAGGGACACCACAGACGAAUAGAGGGAACCACAACGACGACACAACACAAAACCACAAGGGCCAGGACGUUUAUGUGGACACCAUGGAGUUUGUGCAGAUUCGAACAGAGGAUGAGGACGAGGAUGAUGAUGCAGUGACUCAGUACAUGAUUGAACAAAGUCUGCUGGAGAGCAACAAACAGAAAGAAACCCACAGAGACUCCACGACACGAGACAACACGAGCUCCAAGCCUGAGGCUGCAGGCGGCAGCGCGAUCUUCACUGCUAUAAGACAAGGUAACGAGAAGCUCCUGAAGGAUCUGAGCGUCCGACAGAAAGACAAGUUUUCACAGACAGACAGCCGAGGUUGGACUCCUCUCCACGAAGCAGCAGCUCAGAGUAACCACACUAUCCUGGAGCUCACGUUCAAAGUUUCAGGCCGAGACUCCAUGGAGAGUCGUACUCUGCGUGGUCAGACUCCUCUCUACGUGGCAGUAGAAGCAGGUAUGGUGGAAAACGCCUCCUUCCUCCUCCAACACGGAGCCAAGCCGGACAGCGAGGACCAAGACCAGGACUCUCCGCUGCUUGUAGCAAUCCGCUCAGAGCGCACUGACCUGAUCAAGCUGCUGCUCCAUCAGGGCUCCAGGGUGAACCAGCAAGGCUGCUACGGCCGCCGCCCCCUCCAUGAGGCCGCACGGCUGGGUAAAGCGGAGCUGGUGACUCUGCUGCUGGAUGCCGGAGCGCAGCCGGACCCUGCCAGCCACUACGGCCUCACGCCGCUCGCUCUGGCCGCUCAGGCAGGACAUGUGGAGGUGGUGGAGACUCUGCUGAGGAGAGGAGCAGACGUCCUGUCCCAGGCGCAGGACGAAGCCUCCAUCUUGUACGAGGCGUCUUUGACUGGAGAUCCAGCUCUCAUCAGUCUGUUGCUGGAAUUUGGCGCCGACGCCAACGUGGCCAAACUCACAGGACACAUGCCGAUCCACCGCGUCGCACACAGAGGGCACCUGCAAGCUCUGAAGCUGCUGAUUCCUGUCACUUCUAAGGAAGAAGUAAACGACAGCGGGAUGAGUCCUCUACACUCUGCUGCUGCAGGAGGACACACAGACUGCAUCAAGACCUUGCUGGAUGCAGGUUAUGACCCAAACUACAUGCUCCAUUCCUGGGUUCGCCGUAACUAUGACGACGAGAGGAAGUCAGCGCUCUUCUUUGCUGUCUUGAAUAACGACGUGCCGUCAGCCAAACUGCUGCUGGAGUCCGGGGCGAUGCCCAACCAAGACCCAGUGAAAUGUUUGCAGAUUGCUCUGCGUGUGGGCAACUAUGAGAUGAUCGACCUGUUGCUGAGGUUUGGAGCCAACGUCAACUAUUACUGCAAAGUAAACACAACCCACUUCCCCUCAGCCAUGCAGUAUGCUUUUAAGGACGAGGUGAUUCUCAGGAUGCUGUGUAAAUAUGGUUAUGAUGUGGGGCGCUGUUUUGACUGUCCCUAUGGCAGCGGCUCCCACAUCCCUGAAGACUACGAAGGAUGGAGCAACUCUGUGAUCAAAGACACCAUGUUCUGUGAGGUGAUCACCCUCUCGUGGCUGACGCACCUCUCAGGUGAGGUGGUCCGCAUCCUGUUUGACUACCUGGAUCACGUGACCAUGUGCUCCAAGCUGAAGGCGGCUGUGAUGGAGCAGAAGCAGUGGCCUGAGAUCUGCAGGCUGCAGGAAAACGCCCGCAGUCUGAAGCAUCUCUGUCGUCUGAAGAUCCGUCGUUGUCUCGGUCGCCUCCGUCUGAGAUCUGCUGUCUUCAUGAGCUUCCUGCCGUUACCGGAGCGAUUGAAGGAUUACAUCCGGUACCGGGAGUACGACCUGUACAACCGACAGAGCAGCACCCCGGGGUGACGGAUUCAGAGACAGUUACAUAUGAACAUAUAAAAAAAAAUGCAGACUUUCAAAAUUACACUUAAAGUCACUUUUUUUUCUGCUUGUUAACUUAUUUUCCGCACCUUACACCUAUUUAAGUUUUUAAUGUAUUUUUUUUUAAUUUAAAAAAAAAAAAAGUUUUCCCCUCUUGAAAAACAGUGUGUUAUAAUUGUGUAUGGAGUCAUAUGAGUGCCAUAAAAAAUAUAAAUCUGUAAAAGAAUAAGACAAUCAUUUUGAAUUAAAAAAAUAAUAAUUUUGAUUUAAAAAAAAUCAAAAUUAAAAUGUGGAAAUAUAAAGAGAAAUAAAAGAAUAAAUAAAUUAGGUACUAAAAAAAAUAAAAACAGAAUUGUGAGCAUUUUCAUUUAUUUUCACUUUUUCUUCUUUUAUUAUAUAUAUUUAUACGUUUAAAAAAUAUUUACUUUUUGCAUAUAAAUUGCUUUAUUUUUUUCUGUAGUUUAUUUGUUUUCAUGUUAUAUUUAUUUUUAUCACUAUUAUUUAUUUUCUCCAUUGCAUUUACUUUUUUUUGUAGUGCUUUCCCCAUUUUUUCUUUUUUCCCUAUUUAUUUUUUUAAUUGAUUUAUUUAUUGUUUUAUUUAUUCCUCUUUAUAUUUCCACAGUUAAAUAUUUUAUUUACUCUUACUCUUAUUUAUUCCUCCUUUUAUUUCCAGAUUCAUUUUCAUAUUCUUUUACAGAGAUUUUUAAAGUUUAUUGUAUUUUAUUUAUUUAUUCAUUUAUUUAUUCAUUUUGUGGCACUUCUAUGACUCCAUAAUUUGUCUAUAUUUUCAUAAAACAUAAAAGCAACCAGUGUCUGAAAGUCAAAUACAGAAUGGGAGUGCACAAUCCAACGUGAAGUCUUGUUUCCAUAAAAUGAUUGAAAAUAGAAAAUAACAGAAUGAUGCCAACAACAAAUAAUUGUCUCAUGUUUGUUGCAGAUAUAAUUUUGUCAGAUCGUCAGUGUUUGUAUUUUAUUAUCACAUUUGACAACACGUGAAUUACAGUUUGUCAAUAUUUGAUGCUGCUGAAAUGAAAUAAAUGAUAAUUUAUUGA